CAUGUUAAAUUUACCACCACUCAACCUACAUAUUCAGGAAGUGGCGUUGGUAACCAUGAAAAGACUACAAUCAGUAGGAACUAUGAAGGAUGAGGACGCUGGCAGCAGUUCAACACUCUGGAGGGAAGCAGUGUUAGACACACCCCUACUCGAGUGUAAGACUGAUCACAGACCAGCAAAAUAUGUUUUCUCAAAGAAGUACCUCACCCACGUCAGUCCCACAGUAGUAGAUGAACGAAGAACUUUUAAGAUCUACACUGAUGGUUCAAAAGGACGAAAUGGUGCAGGCGCCGGGGUAUUCUCUCACGAUCCCCCGAUUCGCCUCUCGGAACCUUUAGGGUCUAGCACCACCGUCAUACAAGCGGAACUAACUGCUAUUAAACUUGCUGCCGACUGCAUUGUUGAAUCCAACAAGCGGGGUAAGUGCUUCACUAUUUUCACAGACAGUAAACAAUCUCUUUUAGCUCUAAGCAGAGUUAUUAUAACGUCUGCAGUAGUAAUGGAUUGUCACAAAGCACUGGAGGAGGCCGCGAAAUACAAUCGUGUCAGAAUCCAGUGGGUUAAGGGGCAUUCCGGCUCCAAGGGUAACAACCACGCUGACAGGCUUGCCAAACGUGCUGCCGGUAGAGCGCCCUGUGCACCCGAGCCGAUAAUUACCCCCUCUUUAGCUACUCACAUCGAGUUAAUCAAGCGCAUUACCCACAAAAAAUUUUUAAACGGGUGGGACCGUACCCCGGGCUGUCAUCUCGCCAAGGAAUUGUUAAAAUAUCCUUCAGCCGCAACAGCCCAGUUCUUCGUAGGGCUCGGUAAAAGUGCCCUUCGCACUGCCACAGGUCUCCUCACGGGACACCGUAAAGUAAAUAAGCACCUUCAAAACAUGAAGCUUGCUGACUCAGGAUGACGAGACGGUUAAACACAUCUUGUGCGAUUGCCC